CAAUUCUUGAUCCUCUCUGGCAAGGCGUGCGCAGACAUAGGGGCCGUGGACUCGCUGCGUUCUUACGUGCUAUUGGGUAUAUCAUUCCACUCAUGGACGAGGAAUACAGCAAUUAUUAUACCCGCGAGGUGUUUAGAGUGCUUACAAGAGAGUUUUCGUCUCCCGAAGACGAGAUGAAGAGGACCGUUCUGCGGAUUGUCAAGCAGUGUUGCUCAAUGGAGCUUGUGGACGGACGCCUGUUCAGAGAAGGCAAGAUUAUUGACGAAUUCUUUUCCAAUUUCUGGAACCGGCGCACGGCACUGGACACGCGAAUUGAGAGGAUGUGUGUGGACGCAUCCGUUUCGCUUGCCAACAAGAUCGGCCCGAACGGCGUAAUUGAGCACAUUCUGGUGCCCCUGAAGGACGAAUCAGAAGCGUUUCGGCGCAUGGCUGUUGAGACUGCUAGUAAAGUGGUCACCUCGCUAGGUUCCUUCGACCUGGACGACAGAACUGUGCAAAGGCUGCUGGAUGGUUUGCUCUUUACUUUCCAAAGACAAACCACCGACGACCGCGUUGUUUUGAACGGAUUCGGCAACAUUCUUGUGUCGCUAGGCGUUCGGGUCAAGCCGCACAUCAUGAACAUCAUGAGCGCGUUGCUCUAUCGCUUGAAAAACAAAACGCCAGAGGUUCGGCAGCAGGCUGCUGAUCUGAUUGCCCGCAGCAGCGUUGUGUUGAAGAUCUGCGGCGAGGAGGACCUGCUUGUUCGGUUGUCGUCGAUUUUGUACGAGGCGCUUGGCGAGGUGUAUCCUGAUGUUCUGGGCUCAAUUUUGCUUGCCAUGCGCAGCGUUAUCCAGAACUUGGGUGUUGAGAUGACAAAUCCGCCAAUAUCGCAGAUCCUAGCCACGUUGACUCCGAUCCUGCGGAAUAGACACGAAAAGGUGCAGGAGACUACCAUCAACCUGAUCGGAGACAUUGCCGACAAGGGCAAGGAGUACAUCAACCACAGAGAGUGGAUGCGGAUCAGUUUCGAGCUGCUGGAGAUGCUCAAAGCGCGCAAAAAACAGAUCCGCAAGAGCGCAAACACCACGUUCGGGCUCAUUGCGCGUGCCAUUGGGCCGGCAGACGUGCUGGUGACUCUACUUAACAAUUUACGGGUCCAAGAAAGACAGCUUCGUGUGUGCACUGCCGUCGCGAUUGGCAUCGUCGCAGACACAUGUUCGCCGUAUACGGUGCUGCCAGCGAUGAUGAACGAGUACCGCUAUUUCGACCGCAACGUGCAGAACGGGAUUCUAAAGUCCAUGUCGUUCAUGUUCGAGUACAUCGGCGACAUGGGGGCAGACUACGUGUAUGCGGUUUUGACGCUGCUGCAGGACGCCUUUACCGACCGCGACCUUGUGCAUAGACAGAUUGCCGCGACGGUGGUGAAGCACAUGGCACUGGGCUGUGCGGGGCUGGGGUACGAGGACGCGUUUGUCCACUAUUUGAACCUGAUUUGGCCAAAUGUGCUGGAAACUUCGCCGCAUGUUAUCAUUCGGAUUUUGGAAAGUGUGGAAGCCAUCCGUGUUGCCAUUGGAUACGGGAUGGUGAUGAACUACGUAGUUGCCGGACUGUUCCAUCCUGCUAGCAAGGUGCGGCACGCGUACUGGCAGGUCCACAACAGCAUGUAUCUGAACAACAGCGACGCUAUGGUUCCGUACUAUCCACGGCUGGAUCGGGUGGGAAAGGAGCUCAAAGCAGAAGAGCCGCGCGUUUGCUUUGAUAAAACAGAUUACAGCGUGAAGGAGCUGGAUUUGUGGUUGUAAAAUGCAAUGACACACAGACACCGCUAUUGUUAAUUUUAAAAUCUGAAACAUGGGGCUGUGCAGCGGUGAGGUAGCACAAGAUGGAGAGUUGCUGAAUCUUGAAAGAUUAUCAUGGAUGUUGGUUUGGGAGACGCCUAUGCGAGACAGCUGGAGAUGAGCAAUUUGCUGAGCGUGAGGAUCCAGUCUGUGCAAUCGGAAUCCAAGCAGCUGAUGCACCAUCUGGCAAAAGUGAAGCAGCAAGUGAAAGAUGCAACUCUUCAGACUAUGAGUGGCAAUUGCACCACCAUCGAUCGCGUUCAGUUCCGUCCCUACCGAACGCUGCGAGGCCAUUUUAACAAGGUGCUGGCGCUCAGCUGGCACCCCGACAACAGGCAUCUGGCGACCGCUGCGCAGGACGGGUUUCUACUCUACUGGGAUUCUGUCACGGGGCUCAAGAAGGGCCUGAUCCGGCUGGACGACCCGUACGUGAUUUGCACCGACAUCUCGCCCAACGGUCACCUGGUGGCCACCGGCGGGCUUGAGAACGCGUGCAUAGUGUACAAGUUGCAUUCUUCCCAGAACGCAGAGAUACAGCAACGAAACUCGAUUGUCUCCAUUUUCAAGGGCCACAAGGAGUACAUCAGCGACCUGAGCUUUGUGGGGAACUCCCAGGUCCUCACAAGCUCCGGCGACAAGUCCAUACUUCUUUGGGACAUGGAGAAAGGCACCAAGUCUGUCACGUUCAACGGCCAUCUUGGAGACGUUUUGGGCCUAUCCAUGUGUCCGACAGACAGCAAUCUGUUUGUUUCGUGCUCCUCGGACCGGCUCUCCAAUCUGUGGGAUAUCCGAUGUCCACUCAAUAGAAGACAGUUUCAGAUCUCGCUGACCCACGACUCGUCCGCGGUCAAGUUUUUCCCAGAUGGCUUCUCGUUUGCCUGCGGCACCGACGACGGCGAGCUUAAGCUAUUUGACAUCCGCUCCGACUGCGAGCUGGCCAGCUACCCUGUCAAGAUGGUCCACCAGCAUGUGCGGCCGCACAAGACGGAGGAGCUCUCGAUCAGCGACUCUGCAUCGUCGCUGCGUCUGAGCCGCAAGUCGUCGAUGGUCGCGGCGCUGGACAACCCCGGCGUGCUGUCCAUAGACUUUUCCCGAAGCGGACGGCUGUUGUUCGCUUCGUACGCCGAAUUCUCGUCGGUCGUCGUCUGGGACACCGUGAUGGGCACCGUUGUGGGCACGAUGGAUGGUCACCGCGACGCCGUGAGUGCGAUAAAAGUCUCGCCCGACGGGCUGGGCAUAGCGACCGCCUCGCGCGACCACACGAGCCGCAUCUGGUCGGUCUAGUAAUAAGCGCAUGUAUUGUAUACACUCGUAAAAUACAUCUACAUCUACUCUGCCCGCUUUUUGACGUAGUCCCAAAGACUCUUGAGCAACGUGUCUGGCAGCGUGAACAGGUCCAUGGUGAACUCGCCGUUCUCCACGUCGUUCUUGACGCUCAUCUCGGGCGUCUUAUUAUCGUUGAUCAUCUGCACCACGCCAAGAAGAUCGUCCUCGGACAGCUUCGUGAGGUAGUCUGCCAGUUGCUCAAGAUCGACGCCGCCCUUGGUGGCUGCGCCCUUCAGUUUUUUCGUCGUUCUCGAGUCGGCAACCGUGCCGGCCUUUCUCUUCGCUGCUGCCGCCGCGCCCGCUGCCUGACCUGAAGCAGGCGUCGCGCCUGAAGUCGCAGCCCCCGGCGUCGCAGACGCCUCGUUCGCGCUCGGAACAUACCCUGUCUUGGCAAGCUCGCUCAGCAGCGCAGGCUUGUUGGUGUUGAUCGUGAUUGGCGUGUCGAUAACGUACUUCUCCUUCAUGAAAUUGAGGUCGUGGUUAAUUUUCUUCUCGCCGCCCUUCUCCAUCACAGUCAGUGUGAUGGGAAUGUCGAACCCGCCCCAUCCUUGCUCUUCGAUCCUGAACGGUGGUUUCUUAAACGAACGCACCGGGUUCGCAAAUGUGGGAUGCAAAUGGUACGUCACCUUCUCGAACAAGGUCGCCGGCUGUUCCACGCCCUUGUCGUCCACAAGGGAGAUCUGGAUGGCCCAUUCUCUCAUCGGGAACCCUUCCUGCACGGGAGGAAUAUCCUUGAGGAUCUGUUGUGUAGUCGUCACUCUGACAGUUCUCUU